AUGUCUUCUUAUCACAACCAACACAGGGCUUACGGCUCAGAGCAGGACAAGGUUAACUGCACGUUUUACUACAAGAUCGGGGCAUGUCGCCACGGAGCAAAGUGUUCGCGUAAGCACAUCCAGCCGGCGUCCUCGCACACCGUCUUGUGUCCAAACUUCUUCCAGAACCCUCUUUAUGCCGAGCAGCUGGCCCACAGACAGCUUGAGAAGGAGAAAGAAGACACCACAGGCGCCCCGACGCUGCUCCCGUUUGCGUCGAAGCUCGACCCAAGCAAGCUCCAGCAGGACUUUGACGCUUUCUAUAAGGACUUGUGCGUGGAGCUUGCCACCAAUAUCGGUGAGAUUGACGAGAUUAUUGUGUGUGAAAACACCAACGCCCAUCUUAACGGGAACGUGUACAUCAAGUUCCUCAAAGAGGCCGCAGCGUUGAAGUGCGUGUCGAUUUUGAACAACAGAUGGUACGACGGGCGGCCCAUCUAUGCGGAGCUCUCGCCGGUGGAGAACUUUAACGACAGUGUGUGUCGCCAGUGGGACGCCCAGGACUGCAACCGAGGCGGUCUUUGCAACUUCAUGCAUGUCAAGCGGCCCACCAAGAGUUUGGCUAGUGAUAUCUUCAAGUCACAGCGCAAGUACUACAUCCAGAAGGCCGAGGAGGAGGCCAUCCAUGGCGCGUAUAGCCGUGCGAGAGUCUGA